CGCAGCUUAUCGCAAUCAGCCCUCCCGAAAAAAAAGAAGACCGAUAAUGCCGAACCUUAGGCCUCUGUCUGCCGAGCUGGCAAAGAAGGCUGCGGACGAGCUGUUCGAGAAGCCGGAACGGAUCGAGGAGGAUCUGGCCGCGUUGCGCGCCUGGUUGGCCAAGAGUCCGUACAUCAAAUCCCGCACCGAUGAUCAAUUCCUGAUGAUGUUCCUGCGCGGUUCCAAGCACAGUCUCGAGCGAGCAAAGGAAAAGCUGGACAUGUACUACACCGUUCGGACGGCACUGCCAGAGCUGAUGCGGAACCGUGACCCGGAGGAAGGCAAGAUGUUGGAGCUGGUCAAGAUGGGCGUGGCGGUACCACUGCCGAACACGGUGACACCAGACGGACCUAGAAUUAUUCUGGUGCGCCCGGGCACGUACGACCCGAGCAAGUACACCAUCCAGGAAGUGUUCCGGUACAACACCAUGAUGGCGGACGUUAUGAUGAAGGAGGAUGACAAUCUGAUCAUUGCUGGACAGAUGGGCAUCCUGGAUCUUUCCAACUGCACGAUGGCUCAUUUCCUGCAGUUCAGUCCAACGUUCGUGAAGAAGGCAACCAUGUGGAGUCAGGAAGGAUCGCCACUGCGUCAGAAGGGUUUCCACUAUGUUAACACGCCGAGUGGCUUCGAGGUGGUGUACAAUUUGUUCAAGAGCUUCCUCAACGAAAAGAACCGUUCCAGGCUGUUUGUCCACGGAAGUAACCUGGAAUCACUGUAUGAACAUAUACCGAAAAGCAUGCUGCCAAGCGAGUACGGUGGUGACGCUGGCCCAAUCCAGGACAUCGUUGACAAAUGGGCCAAGAAGGUGAUCUCGUACAAGGAGUACUUCAAGGAGGAUGAUCAGUACGGCACGGACGAAAAGAAGCGUCCGGGGCGCCCGAAGAAUGCGGACAGUCUGUUCGGAUUGGAGGGUUCGUUCCGUAAGCUUGAGGUUGAUUAG